AUGCAACAGGAUUCCACCAUCAAUGGAACUAAUGCAUUUAUUGCCUCACAUCCUUGCUAUGAAUCUAAUAAUACAUCUUUGAUAUUUACAAGCACCCCUUCUUUAAUAUGUAUCUCUGUUUAUUGCGUCCUUGGUUUGUUGUCCGUCGCUACAAUUUGCGGGAAUCUUCUCGUGAUUAUUUCUGUGGUUUACUUCAAACAACUUCACACUCCGACUAAUUAUCUUAUUUUAUCUUUAUCUGUAGCGGAUCUGCUCGUGGGCGUUUUAGUUUUUCCUUCCAGCAUGGCUUUUACUGUCACAUCCUGUUUGUAUCGUGAGGAUUUAGCUUAUAGAUAUUAUGCAGUGUGUCAGCCUUUAAUGUAUAAAUCGAAAAUAAACCAUCAAGUCGCUUUAAUGAUGAUUGGCGUGUGCUGGGGGAUUUCUGCACUGAUAGCAAUCGGAAUAAUAUUCGGAGGAUUUAGUCAAGGAACUUGUAACGGAGGAACGUGUUCUGUGGAUAUAGUUUUGGCUCACACAAUGGGACCGGUUUUUGGGUUUUACCUCCCCGCGGUGAUUAUGAGCUGCAUCUACUUGAAGAUUUUCUUUGUGGCUCAAAGACAAGUGAACAGCAUCCAGAGUAUGAAAUGUUUCACAAAAAUGGAACGAAAAGCCACCAAAACUCUAGCGAUUGUUAUGGGAGUCUUCCUGAUAUGCAUGACGCCGUAUUUUUUUUCCGUCGUCUUUCAGCCGUUGUUCCGCAGACCUCCAUCCGUCGCCGUGAUCGAAACGUUAAACUGGUUGACUUUAUCCAAUUCGAUGCUGAAUCCGUUCAUUUAUGCUUUCUUUUACAACUGGUUCCGCUCUGCUUUCAAAACGAUUAUAACUGGGAGAAUAUUUCAAGGGGAUUUUACCAAUAUGGGUUUAUUUGGAUGA